AUGUCGCUCCACCCCGAAGCCGCGCAGAGCCAGCAGGCUCAGCCGAGCGCCGACGCGCCCAAGAAGACGACUCUCGCCCUCUCGUCGCUCCCGCCCAAGCAGCACGGCUUUGGUGCGCAGCAGUAUCCUCGCACCCCCUCGCGCGUCGACCCUAACAACCCGCCUUGGCCGUCGUACCGUGGGUACCACAAUUUCUCGUUCGCCCAUGCCACCAUGAGCGUCCGCCUGCCUACCAUCCUCGGCAAGGCCAUCGACGACGUCGUCAAGACGCUCAACGACGAGCACGACGAGGAGCGCAUCGUCGACCUGACCGAGUGCAUCUCGCGCCUCGAGGACCUCCUCGACGACCUCCAGGGCAACAGCGUCCUGCGCCCGAUCAUCGACGACGGCGAGGGCGACAUCCCGCUGUGGAACAAGGCGAUCGCGCGCUACUUCCGUGGCAAGCACUUCAUGGACGCGCCGUGGGUGUUCGCCGAGGCGUACAAGUACCGCCGCCUGCACGAGGCCUUCUCGCUGUCCAAGUACUGGAAGGACUACGACGUCUUCUUCCGCCAGAAGUGCGAGACGUUCGCGCGCUCGUCCGACGCCGUGUUCGAGCUGUCGACCCGGUUCGCCGAGCCGCUCAAGCAGGCCGAGGGCGCAUCGGCUGAAGAGCUCCUCGAGGCCAAGCGCCUCCAGUUCCACGAGCUCACCCAGAUCUGCCUGUGGGGCAACUCGACCGACCUGUCGCUCCUCAUCAACAUGACCGAGGAGGACAUCAAAAAGCUCCAGUCGACCGGUGGCGACCACCUCGCCGCGACCGAGAAGAACAUCCUCGGCAACGACAUGUCCAAGAUCUGGGACUACAUCUCGUCGGACAAGUUCAGCUCGAAGGAGAAGGGUGGUCGCCUCGACUUUGUCCUCGACAACGCCGGCUUCGAGCUCUACACCGACUUUGUCUACGCCGACUGGCUCCUCCAGAGCGGGCUCUGCAGCGAGAUCCGCUUCCACGGCAAGCGCUUCGCCUGGUUCGUCUCGGACGUCACGCGCAAGGACUUUAACUGGCUCCUCAACUCGAUGGUCUACGGCCACCUCUUCCCGAACGCCUCGGACGAGGAGCUCGCGUCGCUCAAGAAGCUCGGCCUGCGGUGGAAGCAGUACGUCAAGGAGGGCAAGAUCAUCUACGAGGAGCACCAGUUCUGGGUGUCGGGCUUCAGCUUCUGGGCUCUCGCCGAGGAGGCUCCCGACCUGUUCGUCCACCUCGCCGGCAGCGACCUCGUCAUCUUCAAGGGCGAUUUGAACCACCGCAAGCUAACGUAUGAUUGUCAGGCACCACCGUCCACGCCGUUCAACGUCGCGAUCGGCCCGCUCGCCACGCUCGCCGGCGCGCCCCCCAUCGUCUCUCUCAGGACGAUCAAGUCCGACAUCGUCGUUGGCGUUCCCGCCGAGAAGGCCGAGCAGCUCGACCGUGACGAGCCAGGCUGGCGCAUCAGUGGAGCGUACGCCGUCGUGCUCCUGUCGGACGGGCGCAAGGGCGAGCGCGUCACCUUCUGA